AUGGGCCACAGCUCGUCGAAAAUCCCACAGCCGCCACUACCUGAUAUCCUUAUCGACCUUUCAACUCCUCCAGACAAGGUGUAUAGACCCGACGAUGUUGUGACUGGCAACAUUACCUUGGUUCCGAGCGUCCCCCUUGUACCAGACGCAAUUGAGGUGUCGCUCUUCGGGAAAUCGCUUGUGUGGUAUCGUGCGGCUACAGUGAUCAACAACGUCACGCACUACUGGCAUUGGCGCGACGAUAGACCCUUGUUCGAGAUCACGUCGAUUGUCUUACCAAAUGUACACACGGCUGCGCCAAUACUUUCAUCUGGGGAGUCCUAUACAUACCCAUUUCAAUUUCGAUUCCCUUCAAGCGUAAGCAACAGUCGCUCAGGGCAGUACGAGGACGACCAUGGCACGCGAUGGACUGUUGACCAUCAUUUGCUCCCUCCUAGUUUCUUGCAUACGAGCAAAAUGGGUGUCGUUGCGGGCGAAGAUGCGAACUAUGCAAAAAUCGAGUACGGCUGCUACAAGAUACUUUCAGCCUUUCAGCAUGAGAUCUUCGGCCCUGAAGGACCAAGCGUCAUCGUCCAUUAG